GGUAACCGGAACUACUUUGAAAACAGGGUGAAAGCAGAAGCCCACACGUGGUUUCUUUCGGCUUUGGACCGAACAAAAUGGGUCGUUCCGGAAAGCUGCGAUCCGGCUGUGCCAGUAAACUGAAGCGUUGGCGCAAGGGCCAUAGCAGCGACAGCAACCCAGAAGGGCGCCGCUACCGCUCGGCUGCUCGUGGUCGCCUGCUGGCUCCCCGCUCAGAAAACAGUAACCUGACUGUGGAUGCUUUAAAACUGCACAAUGAAUUGCAGUCACCAGGACCGCUGCCUUCCUUACGGGAUGGAAAGGAAACGCAGACCUUUAUGGAAGAGGAUGACAACGCUGAAACAGCUAAGACCCAUAAAUCUACAGCUACUUUUCUGAGCGGCCUGACUGACUGCACUAACCUCACCUUUAGUAAAGUGCAACGUCUCUGGGAAUCCAACUCUGCUGCCCACAAGGAGAUAUGUGCAGUGUUGGCUGCUGUCACAGAAGUGAUCCGGGCCCAGGGUGGUGUAGAGAGUGAGACAGAGUAUUUUGGUGCAUUGAUGACUGCUCUGGAAGCUGUGGAAUCUUCAGAAUCCCUGGCUGCUGUUGCUUAUCUUCUGAAUCUGGUAUUGAAGAGGGUACCAGGUCCUGUGCUAAUCAAGAAGUUCUCUGAUACUUCAAAGGCUUUCAUGGAAAUCUUAAAUUCACAAGCUUGUAGAGACUCCACUUCUGCCUUGCGCUGGAUGCUCUCCUGCUUGGCUACCCUGUUGCGAAGACAGAAUCUGGUUGCCUGGAAUUACCCUGUGACUAUGCAGACUUUCCAUGGCCUUCUCAGUUUUACUGUCCAUGUCAAGCCCAAGGUUCGCAAGACUGCCCAGCAUGGUGUUUGCUCCAUUUUAAGAGGUAGUGAAUUUCUGUUUGGAGAUGGGGCUCCCUCUCAUCAUCCAGCUGCAUCUUCUACUGCCAAGUUCUGUGUACAAGAGAUUGAGAAAGCUGGAGGGGCUAAAGAGGCCACAACCACCCUACAUGUGCUGACUCUGUUGCGUGACCUCCUGCCCUGCCUGCCUGCCCCAUCUGUCAAGUCCUGCUGCGAGACACUGCUCCGGGUUAUGACCCUCAGCCAUGUGCUCGUGACAGCAUGUGCUAUGAAAGCCUUUCACAGCCUCUUUGUUGCCCAGCCGCCUGCCUCCUGCUUACCAGUUGAGCUCAAUGCCCAGAUCAUUGUGGCUCUAUAUGAUUAUGUACCAAAUGAGAGUGAUCUGCAACCUCUGUUGGCCUGGCUGUCUGUCAUGGAGCGGGCCCAUGUCAACCUGGCAAAGUUGAAAUGGGAGCUGGGCUGGGCUCACCUUCCCCGUCUCUUCAAUGCAGCCAUGAAUGCCUUCCUUUCUCCCCAUACCCAGGUGGUAUCUGCUGCAGCCCAGACUCUCAAGGUGUUGCUCAGCGACUGUGUGGCCCCUCACAUCACAGAAGUGGGAAAGGUGUCACCUGGUGCCCCUGCUGGACCCGCUUCCCAUGUCUGCAAGAUGUUCCGAGCAGUGGAGGAAGGCCUGACAUACCGGUUUCAUGCAGCGUGGGCCUUUGCACUUCAAGUUCUGAGGGCUUUCUUUGAGGCAUGUGGGCAGCAGUGUCACUCCAUCAUGCGGAAGUGCCUGCAGUCCUUAGCUGACCUGCGUAGUUCCCCACACUUUCCUCAUACGGUGUUGCUUGACCAGGCUCUGGGAGCUGCAGUGGCAACUAUGGGCCCUGAGUUGGUUCUGGAGGCUGUGCCUCUGAAUAUUGAUGGCACUGAGGAGAUACUGGAUUUCCCUCGCAGUUGGCUCCUUCCUGUGCUCCGAGACUACAUUCGAAAUGCACCCCUUGCCUUUUUCGCCAGUUAUUUCCUGCCACUGACUGCUACUUUAAAAAACAGAGCCACAGAGCUUGCCAGUGAAGGGCGGGAUCUGGAAGCCAAGAUCUAUGAUACACUGCAGUGGCAGAUCUGGACCCUGCUUCCUGCUUUCUGCAGCCACCCCACAGAUGUAGUAACCUCAUUUAAAGGACUGGCCCGAACUCUGGGCACGGCUAUCAGUGACCAUUCUGAUCUGCGGCUGAUUGUAUGCCAAGCUGUACGCAGACUAAUUAACAAGGGCUGCCAAACAGAGGCUGAGCGUGCUGAGGUUGGGCGCUUUGCAAAGAACUUCCUGCCCAUCCUGUUCAACGUAUAUAGCCAAGAGAGCAGUGCCAGUGAGAGUCCUGUGCAUCGGCGCUCUGUACUAGAUACUAUCCGGGCCUAUUUGACAAUUACCCAGUCUGAGAUGGUGCAUACAUUCGUGGAGAAAGCAAGUGAGAAACUGACCAACAAAGAUAAUUCAGAAUUUACUAGGCUUUCCAUAUUGGACCUUAUUAUAGCUAUGGCCCCCUGGGUUGAUCAGGCCUCUGUUAAUGUCCUCUACUCCACCAUCCAGCCAUCCUUACAGAGCAAGGACCACAGGAUACAGAAGAAGGCCUAUCGGUUGCUGGAGGAGGUGUGUGCCUCAGACAACCCUGCAUGCCAGAACUUUGUGCAAAGCCAUCUAGAGCAACUGCAAAGUGACCUCCUGGGUUCCCUCCUGAAUGCUACAUCCCCUGCCAAAAGGCCCCGACUAAAGUGCCUCUUCCACAUUGUCAAGCAGCUCACAGCUGAACAUGAGGAUUUUGUCACUGCUCUGGUGCCAGAGGUCAUACUCUGUACCAAGGAGGUGUCUGUGGGUGCUCGCAAGAAUGCUUAUAAUCUGCUUGUAGAGAUUGGUCAUGCUUUCCUGCGGUUUGGCCCCACUCCAAAGGAUGGAAUGCAACGUUACCUUCUCCUGGUCUAUGCAGGCUUGACCAGCUCUGUCACCAUGAUCAGCUGCACUGUACUUGCUCUUUCCCGUCUACUCUUUGAGUUUAAAGAACACAUUGGAUCAGAUGCCCUGGAACAGCUCAUGCAACAUGUCUGCCUCAUGAUAGGCUCACGGACUCGAGAUGUUGUCAAGUCAGCCUUGGGGUUCCUCAAGGUGACAUUGUUGCUCCUGGAUACAGCCUCGUUGGGUCGUCACAUGGAGACUAUGUUAGAAGCGAUAGGAGGGUUGACGGAUGACAUGAGGCGCCAUUUCCGCAUGAAGCUGCGAAAUCUCCUUUCUAAACUGAUGCGCAAAUUUGGCUUUGAGCCUUUGAAGGCUUUGCUUCCUGAGUCAUACCACAAAGUGCUGCUAAACAUUCGCAAAGCUGAAGCAAGGAAUCGCAAGCGGCAGGCUUUGAAACGAGCAGCAACCACUUCUGCAGAAGAGGAAGUAGCCUCAGUGCAACCCAAGGGAGACAGCAUGGAAGAGGUGCUGGCAGACUCAGACUCUGACAUGGAAGAUGACGUCAAGCAGCGCAAAGGAAGAGAGACAAAGAAGGUGCUACGGCAGCGGAACCAAGCCUGGCUCAAAGAAGGAGAAAGUGACGAGCCCCUCAAUUUCUUGGACCCUAACGUGACACAGAGGGUUCUAGCAACCAAGCCAGGUUCUGCCAUAGCUGGGAAAGUGAGCCAUGACUUCAAGGUAUCCGCUGAUGGUCGUCUCAUCAUAUGUGAAGAAGAGGAAGAGGAAGAGGAGGAAGGAACUAAAGAUGUGGACGAGGAAAUGGCAGAUCUAAUGCAAGAAGUUGGAAUUCGGAGUAAGAAAGCCCAAAAGCGUCGAUUCCGAGAGGACCCGGAUGAUGAGGACCCUGGCACUGGGACACAACCACAAUACAAAGCUGGAGGCACUGGAAUCCAUCGGCCUGUUGGCAAAAAUGCUGUACCUGGGCUAGAGUACAAGGGAAAGAAAGGAAAAGGUGAUAUCAAGAAGAAAGGACGUCUGGAUCCUUAUGCUUACAUCCCACUGAACAGAGCGAAACUUAACAGGAGGAAAAAGGCCAAGCUUCAGGGACAGUACAAGGGCCUGAUGAAGGGAGCCCAGCGCGGAGCUCAGGCAGGCAGGAGGCAUCGUAAGAAGCAGCCCCAUGUCUGAACAGAACGAACUCUUCGGCAGUGGAAUUCCUUUCGGGACAACUGGCUGUGUGGGUUGUGGGUCUCUUGUGGUGCCUCACAAUCUAUCCUGCUCUCUGCAAGUGGGAUAGGAUCACAAAUCCUAUGAACUGGUCAUGUAUACUAGUAUUUUCUGCCAAAAGGAGGAGAACAGUAGAAGACAUGUACUGUAUAUGCAAUCCUUCUCCCCGUUCUAGUAUUUAUGGAUUUUUGAAGCUGCUAGUUAUCUGCCAAAGUGUAAUUGAUUCAACAGCUCUAGAAUUUUGUGUGACAUGGAGAGAGAUUGAAGUCUCCACUAAUUAACAUUUGAACAAUAAAUAUUAAAAACUGCAGUUUCUUCAGCAUAAUUGUCAAAAGAGAGUCCCAUAAAAGCUACUAUCCUAUAUCUAUUUAUUUCCUGUGACUUAACAAGUACUGCUGUACUAUUUUUAUAAUUUUGGUAGGUAACCAACACACUUCUAGGAAUAGUACAAAAUUUCUAAUGUGACAAAAUAUGAAUGGAGGAAUAAGGGGGGGAUUACUGGCAAUAAAAGUUAUGUGCUACUGUUGUGGAGAGGCAGGAGAAUCUGUGGGAUAAGAGAGACCGUUUAAUAUGUUUUGGAUGCUUUCUUACUGCAAGGAGGUUUAGAACCAUUGGCUCUGUUUGAUUGAAACCUAUGUGUUUCAGGGUUUUAUGCUGGAAGGACAGGCUGCACAGGCUGAACAUGUGGCUAGGACUCAUUAUCUUUUUUGUGCAAAUUUUUAUAUUUGCUUGAUGUGUAAAUAAGAAAAUACACCUUUAGAAGUGCAAACAAAUGAAAAAUUAAAAGAAGGCUCAAAAAGA